AUGUCAAGAACAUCGAGCAGCAAACCUGUUGAUUUUAGCGCUACGAAAGAUAUAUUUGUUUCGGCUGUUCGCUUCGCUAUGUCUAUUGAGGAACCGUGUUUUCCGUUUGGCGACGAGCUAAGAAUCUCCGCUCAAGAGCAAGUCGACUACAUGCUAGGAGAAGACGAAGAUAUUACAAUCGUUGUGGCGGACGAUGAAGUAAAAUCUGUAGUAAGAAUUGGUGUUUACAAUAUCAUUCAUUUAUUCGAAACAAACUUGUCGAUGUUGCUGUUGAAUCCUUCUCUCGAGUUUGAAACUGUGGCGGAUGACAUGAUAAUGAGGAGAGUAUCUGAUCUUGAAUGGAUGUGUAAUGUACUACCAAAGAUGGAUUUGAUGAAAUCUUUUGUUUCUAACUGGAUCGCGAUUUCGAGUAAAAUUUUGGCGAUCAUUGAAGACGAAAAGUUUGUUCAUAUCAUGUGGGGUUUGAAAGUAAAGGUGAUAGAACUAACAUGCAAGGUUUUGGAAGCAGUUAGUUAUGGAAGUGUGAUUGUUCCAGCUCCGAGUCGGGUUCAAUUGCUGAAAACGUGGUUUCCGUACGUUCAGAAAAUGAAGCCGUUGCUUGAUUUGAAAGCCACUGCAGAGACUAGUUUCCGUUCCGUAAUGGAUGAGGAUCUGUGUCAGGCUAUUGAGGGAGCGAUUGUGUCGUUGGUAUUGACGUUGCCUUCGAACGAUCAAGCGGAGAUUCUGGCGGACUGGAUUGGAAGUAGGGAAGUUGGAUAUCCUGACUUGAGUGAGGCUUUUGAGGUUUGGUCUUAUAGAAGCAAGUCUGCCAAGAGGAGAUUAGUUGAAGGUUUACAUGAAAAAACCGACGCCGCUAUCAGCAGCUGA